GCCCCUCCCCCAUGAUUUAAUCUGUCCGGGCACGCGGGGACUCGUCCCUUCAACAUGGCGACGGAGUUCCACAACCUGCAGGAGUUGAGACACAAUGCAUCUCUCGCCAACAAAGUCUUCAUCCAGAGAGACUACAGCGAGGGGACCACCUGCAAGUUCCAGACAAAGUUCCCCUCUGAGCUAGAGAGCAGGAUUGAGCGGACUCUGUUCGAGGACACUGUGAAGACCCUCAAUAACUACUAUGCAGAGGCAGAAAAGAUCGGGGGCCAGUCUUACCUAGAAGGAUGCCUGGCUUGUGCUACAGCGUAUCUCAUCUUCUUCUGCAUGGAGACGCGCUAUGAGAAGGUGUUAAAGAAAAUUGCCAAGUACAUUCAGGAGCAGAAUGAGAAGAUCUACGCUCCCAGGGGCCUGCUCAUCACCGAUCCCAUAGAGAGGGGAAUGCGUGUUAUAGAGAUUUCCAUUUAUGAAGACCGGGGUUCUAGCGGCUGCAGCUCCGGGAGCAGCUCCGUGUCCAGCAGCACCGCUCGAUGACUCGUCCCCUUAAUCACACAUCACCAUACAACUGUGGGCGUUCGAACCGCCCCUACCCUCAGUUCACCCUUCGCCCUUACCCAAGAAAGACAUGUUACUCCUCACCGGGCUUUGUGAACACAGACAACAUGCACUUAUAUCCUUUGUUGCAAUGCGCCCGACGAACAAAAACAUUUUUGCCGUCAUUGCUUUCUUUCUUGUAAGAAAGCGAGAAGAAAAGGUACUGUACAACUCCUAACCUAAUUGAAACAGGACUAUAGUAUACUUUUGGCUUUUAACCUCUUGAGACCUCGAAAAGUUGUCCUUUGCAGUGUGCAACGGCAUCUAGUGCUGAGUACCGUAGUUCUUUCAUACAUCUUUUGUAGAACAUUGAGGACUGUUUGGAAUGCAUUGCUGGGUCUUAAGAGGUGACAUUGUAGAUGGAGUACGCAAAAUAAAGCAGGGGCCUCAAAUAGACCUUAGCCCAUAUCUCCUGUACAGUAGUACCUCAACGUAAGAGUUUAAUUGGAUCUGUCAUGGAGCUUUUAACUUAAAACACUUGUAUCUUAAAUCAACGUCUUCCGUUUACAUGAAUUCAAUUUAAUUGGUGCUUACCCAUUUUAAAAAGAAAAAACCCUUCUAGAUAGAAAAUUAAUAAGAUUGUAUAAAUACAAUAGACUGUAUUAGUACAGUAGUUUUAUGAAUAAUAAUGUACAGCAAUUAUCCUGGAGAGUGGACGACUACGAUAUCCUUUGAGCUGCUUCUCUGUCAAACACACAGCUUUUACAUAUUUUCAUGGAUAAAUGUCUGCCAUUUAUAUAUUAUUUGAACAUUCUUGGCUGGUGUUAGACUCAUUCUGCGUCAAUAUGAUGCCGACUAGCAGUGAUACGCUCCAGCUGCUUUUGAUGUUUUCUUUCAUUAAUUCAACCAAUAUCAUCCACUUCUUCCCAGCACUGUACUUCACAUACACUUUCUUCUUUCCCAUGCUCGGAAAAACAAAGUCACUGUCGAUCUCUAGCUAUAAGCUAAUGUUAGCGAGUUAUGUAUGUUUUGGGCGGAUCUUUCGGGGUUCGCAGUGACAUUUUGUACACCAACUAAUGGCGGGGAUGCUCGUAACUCAAAUUUUUGCUUGUAACUUAAAGCCUAACGAUUAGCCGAGACAGCUCAUAUCUCAAAACACUUUUAAGUUGAGGUACCACUGUAUAUCAAAACACUAACGCCAAGUCUUCCAUUUUCCUCUCAGACAUUACACAAACUUUUGUUUCUGAGUGAGAUGAUCUCUUCCAAAAUUAGAAAUUAUGCAAGAACGUAGCAAGUAUGAGUCAAAUAGUCUUCCUAAAUCCAAAGCAGACCCUUGAUUGAUAUCCGACUCAACCUCCAAAGACAAAUAAUUGCCAAAAGCAGACUCUUUAUUGUGAAUGUCUUAUGUUCUUGAUGUUUUUGUGCAGCUGAUUGUUUGAUACACAUGGCAAAGAUCUAUUAUCAAUAAAUACAAUUUCAACACA